GGUUUAAUUACAAAGCCGUAUACUCUUUAAUAACUUUAUAACUAACAUCUUCAAUAAAAGUUGAAAAUUUUCAGUUAUAAAAUGUCUUCUACUCUUUCUCUCUCAAUCUCCCCAACCUUGAUCUUCAAGCCUCAAAACCUUUCCAACAACAAAGAAACCCCAUCUCAACAAACUUUGUUAGACACCAAAGUCACCAAGAGGAAGCUAUUAACAUCAAGUGUGAUUGGAUUGGGCCAAAUUUAUGUUGGGCUAUCAUUUACUCAGCCCACAAUAGCUGAGACUAAUAGCCCAAUUGCUUCAACCUCAAGUAACAUAUCAUACUCAAGAUUCUUGCAUUACUUGGAUGAAGGUUUUGUUAAGAAAGUGGACUUGUUUGAAAAUGGAACAGUUGCUAUUGCAGAAAUUUAUAAUCCAACUUUGGAAAAAACUCAAAGGGUCAAAAUUCAGUUACCAGGGCUUCCUAAAGAGUUGAUUAGGAAAAUGAAACAUAAAAAUGUUGACUUUUGUGUUCAUCCUAUUGAUACAAAUUGGAAACUUGUAAUAUUUGAUUUUUUGGAAAAUUUUGCUUUUCCUUUGAUAUUGUUUGGUACUUUACUCAUAAGGACAUCUAGAAAUAAUCCUGUUGGUGGCCCUAACUUGCCCUUUGGAUUAGGAAGGAGCAAGGUAAACUUUGAGAUGGAACCAAAUACAGGAGUGACGUUUGAGGAUGUAGCAGGAGUUGAUGAAGCCAAGCAAGAUUUCAAAGAGAUAGUUUAGUUCUUAAAAACACCUGAGAAGUUUUCUUCAGUUGGAGCGAAAAUUCCGAAAGGAGUACUUUUGAUAGGUCCACCAGGGACUGGAAAAACACUUCUUGCUAAAGCGAUUGCUGGAGAAGCUGGAGUUCCUUUCUUUUCUCUAUCCGGUUCGGAGUUCAUUGAGAUUUUUGUUGGUGUUGGUGCUUCAAGAGUGAGGGAUUUGUUCAAUAAGGCUAAAGAAAAUUCGCCUUGUUUGAUAUUCAUUGAUGAGAUUGAUAGUGUUGGGAGGCAAAGAGGUGCAGGUAUAGGUGGAGGGAAUGAUGAGAGAGAGCAAACACUUAAUCAGUUGUUAACUGAAAUGGAUGGUUUCAAUGAUAGUAAUGGUGUUAUAGUUAUUGCUGCUACUAAUAGACCUGAAAUUCUUGAUUCAGCAUUGCUUAGACCUGGGAGGUUUGAUAGACAGGUAACUGUUGGAUUACCAGAUAUUAGAGGGAGGGAAGAAAUAUUGAAAGUUCAUAGUAACAACAAGAAGCUUGACAAGAAUAUCUCAUUUAGUGUCAUUGCCAUGAGAACUCUGGGAUUCAGCGGUGCAGACCUCGCAAACCUCAUGAACGAAGCUGCCAUUCUAGCCGGUCGGAGAGGAAAAGAGGAGAUCACAAUGAAAGAAAUCGAUGACUCCAUCGAUCCCAUUGUCGCAGGCAUGGAAGGAACCAAGAUGACUGAUGGCAAGAGCAAAAUUUUGGUUGCUUACCAUGAAGUUGGACAUGCUAUUUGUGCGACACUUACUCGAGGACAUGAUGUAGUACAAAAAGUCACUCUAGUUCCAAGAGGCCAAUCAAGGGGGUUAACAUGGUUUAUACCAAGUGAAGAUCCUUCUCUUAUCUCAAAGAAACAAUUAUAUGGUAGAAUAGUCGGAGGUUUAGGAGGUAGAGCAGCAGAAGAAGUCAUAUUUGGUGAAAAUGAGAUAACAACUGGAGCUGCUGGUGACUUGCAACAAGUUACACAAAUAGCAAGACAGAUGGUAACAAUGUAUGGCAUGUCUGAGAUUGGACCAUGGACAUUAACUGAUCCUUCAGUUCAAAGUAGUGAUGUAGUGCUAAGGAUGCUAGCAAGGAAUUCAAUGUCUGAAAAACUAGCUGAGGACAUUGAUAAUUCAGUGACACAUAUAAUAGAUAAAGCAUAUGAAAUUGCAAAGAAUCACAUUAGGAAUAAUCGUGAUGCAAUUGAUAAAUUAGUGGAUGUGUUACUUGAGAAAGAGACUCUUAGUGGAGAUGAAUUUAGAGCAAUCUUGUCAGAAUUCUUAGAUAUUUCUUCAAUUAAUAAUAUAAAUAGAACCUCUACAAGGGAAAUGAUGGAAGCAUAUGAAAAACCAUAGCUUUGUAAUGUGGUAUGAUUGGCAUAAUAUUUCAUUUUUCAUUUUUAUCUUUCACUUGUUUCAAAAGUAAUUUCACCCUUUAUUUUGUGUGGCAUUUGGAUGGAGAAGUAUCUCAUAUAGCUUGAGGUAGAUUGAUAUGUAUAAUUAAGAAAAAUUAAAAUUAUAAUAAUGAUUCGUGAUGCUUCUUACAA